CUAUUUUUUCUAUGCAUUUUUCUAUCAUCGAUGAUCACAAAUCAAGUUUCGUCUUCGGGUAUAGUUAGGCCUUCGACGAAAAAGUACCACGCAUCCGAGUAUAUCCAAAAAUCGUGCAAGAAAACCUUGUACCCGGACUUGUGCAAUAAAUCUCUUGCAAAAUAUUCAACCAAAAUUAAAACAAACCCCAAAACCCUAGCCACCGCUGCCCUACUAGUUGCCUUCAACACCACACAAUCGACGUACAAAAUACUGAGAAAUUUAUCGAGAAAUCGGGCCUUGAAUCCCGGCGAAAAGGAGGGCCUACUCGAGUGUGUGGAGGAGGUGAGUGACUCUGUGUACGAGCUUCAAAAGUCCUUUAAAGAGUUGUUUUUUUCUCGUAAGGGGCUGAAAUUUGAGCUUCAAAUGAACGAUAUUCAAACAUGGGUUAGUGCGGCUUUGACGGAUGAUGAUACUUGCAUGGAUGAUUUUAGGGCAAGUGGAAGAAUGAACAUCUUGGUACGAGGUUUAGUUCUGAGAAUCGCACGUUUGUCGAGUAUUGCUCUGUCCUUCAUCAACAUGUAUGGAGUCUAAAGUACAACAUACAAUUUCUGGACUAUUUAUUGUUAAUAAGGGGUGGACUGGCAGUUAGAGCAACAAAGUUUGUGUCACUUGACUCAAAUUUAAAUUUUAUUGCCAACGGUUUCUUCUAUGAGUUCAUCACACAUAGUUAGCCUAAUGAAUAUUUUACAUCUCUCGUGUGGUUUACGAGCUAUUGUACGAA